UGUGUAUCUGGUCCGUGUCUAAAUGGCGGGACUUGUAUUGGGGGGGGCAACUUCUACACCUGUAUCUGUAAGGAUGGAUGGGAGGGGCCUACCUGUGCGCAAGAUGUUGAUGACUGCAACCCUCAUCCAUGUUAUAAUGGGGGACAGUGUGUGGAUGGGGUCAACUGGUUUCGCUGUGAGUGUGCACAUGGGUUUGCAGGACCUGACUGUCGAAUCAACAUAGAUGAGUGCCAGUCCUCUCCCUGUUCAUAUGGAGCCACAUGUGUGGAUGAGAUUAAUGGAUAUCGCUGUCUUUGCCCCAUGGGACGAGCUGGACCGCGGUGCCAGGAGUUUAUUGGUGUAGGAAAGGCAUGCGAUCGCUCCGGGGUGCAGGCUACUCACGGUGAUCGCUGGGAGGAUGGGUGCAACAGCUGUCAGUGCAUGAACGGAAACAUCAGGUGCACUAAAGUGCAUUGUGGUCAUCAGCCCUGCUUGUUGCAGUCAGACUCUGGUGAGUCACGGCACCCCCUGUGUCCACUAGGACAGGAGUGUGUAGAGCAUCAUUUCCUGUCUUGCCUUCGUCCACCAUGCAGUCAUCUGGGUAUAUGCGCCCCUCGUGAAGGUCUACAGCCCAUCGACACUCGGUGCUUACCCAACAACGGCUACCUAGAUGAUAACUGUGCUCAUGUUACACUUGUUUUUGACUCUGACAGCGUCCCGGAGGGCACUACUGCUGAAGGAGUCUGCUCAGAGCUAACUUAUCUGCCAAUCACACGAACUCUGGCCAAAGACCACACCCUUUCCAUUCUUUGCGACCAAUCACCUUCCAGCCAAAAUGCAGUGAAGGUUGCUAUGUCAUAUGAGCAAAACACGUUUGUUGAUGGACGAGCUCAGAUACAGGAUGUUGUCCGCUCCAUCAUUGAUGUUCUGUCCAAACCUCACAACAGCACGUUGCUGUUGGCUUUGAAAGAGGUCAGAGUUGACACUCAGGAUCCAGGUCCCCAAGUCGGUUACCUCAUUCCGUUGCUGUGUGUGCUGUUUGUGGUAUUAUGGAUCUCAUGUUUCAUCAUCUGCGUGUGGUGGUUCAGGAGACGCAGGAAAGCGAGACAAAGAGAGGACACGCAGAUGGAGGAGAGCAUUAACAACCAGCGCGGGACACUGUUGAGUACUCGCACACCUCGCAAAGAUAACACAGACCCGCUGCAGGAGAACAAGAACCUGCUCUACCCUCUGGAUCGGGUUGGAGACGGAGCCGAGCGAGAGGAAGAGGAGGAAGAAGGAGACGAAGAGAGCGACAGAGGGCUUGUUCUGCAUAAGUGCUCAUCUCUUGCGUUCACUAAAGGGGAUGCAGUGUACACUAUUCCCACUACAGCCCAAAGUCAGCCAAACAGGACACACUACAGCAGCAAAGACAACCGCUGCAAGAACAAUGUGAACGAGAGAUUAGGCGAGCACAUGAAAGAUCAUUACGUAUGAAAGAACCAGACAAACUGGACAAAAAUAUAAGUGUUUUUUGCUGAUCUGAAAACUUUUGGUCUUGUGUGAUUGGUGUUUUGGUGUCAUCCUUUUUUUCAUCAUUGGAUAGUCAAAUGAAACAGGGAUCUGACAUUCACAGAAUGGUUCCCAAAAUCCUUUUCUUUUGUUUACACUUCACUCUUUUUCAUUAAAAAGAAGGACAUUUUACACAAAGCUUAACUUUGAGAAUAUGUCUGUGAACUGUGCCGCGACCUUUGACCCCAAGGAGGAAUCAGCGAUAGGCAGCUUUAAAGUGUUUUUGAUUAUGUCCAGACCUGCCCAAAGUCAAGUGUUAGAAGCCGUUAAAUCUUCCAGUGAUAUAUAUGCACAACUGUCUCAUUGAACCUUCACGAUAGCGCUUACCUUUUAUUUACAUUUUGCCUAAUAAUACACAUAUGUUGGUUCUUGUAUUGACACACUUAAAAGAGUAGUUCGCCCAAAGGAAGAUUCAGUCAUCAUUUACUCACCCUCAUGUCAUUCCAAACCUAUAUGACUUUUUUCUUCUGUAUAACAAAAGUUACAUAAGAGCGUUGGAAGAACUGGAGCUGGAAAGUGAUGCAAAAGCACCAUAAAAUAAAAUAUAAAUGGAUAUGUUAUAUUCCAAGUCAUCUGGAGCCAUGUGAUAGCUUUGUGGGAUGAACAAACCAAAAUAUACAUCAUUAUACACUAAUAGCUCUCCUCUUGUUGGGCUGUUUACCUGUUUUUCAGUGAAACCCAGAUCAUUCAGAGAUGAACUGGAUCAAAUGAUUCAUUGAAAAGCUCCAACUCAAAAGAAUCAUUUGUUCAAUCUCUAACACUCUCAACAAGGAGAGUAAGGGUGUAUAACAAGACAUUAAGUCAAUAAUGUCUGAAGUUUUUCCUUCACACAAAUCUGUUUUAUGACAUCAGAAGACUUUUUAAAGAGCUUGACCGCUUCCGUCCUCAUUCAUUUUUGUUACACAGAAAAGAGAACAAAACAACAUUUGGAAUGACGUGACGAGUAAAACAGUUUCAUUUUUCGGUGAACUAACAUAACUGUUAAGUAUACAAUGUUUACUUUUAUGUUUUAUAUUGUUUGGGUAUUGGUACACAUAGUUCAGACAGUAAGAGUAUUUAGACUGAUAAACUCUCACUCAGCUCUUGAUGGUUAGAAAUUAUUGGUCAGUUUUUUUUUUUUUUUUUAAGUGACAGCCAUAUAAACAGAACAGUCUUGAUGGAAAGAAUCAAGGGCCACUUCAGUCAGUGCACUAUUGUGUUGUCGCAAAACACUUGGUUUUUGGUCACACAGUAGGUGACAAUGAUUUUAAUUGUUUAAUCACUGAGAGAUAGUUCAUUAUAUUGAAAAAUAUUCAUAUGUACAUAUGUAAAUAGUGGAAAAAAGACAGCUGUGUAUAUUCGAGUUUAGUAAGUUAUGUGACACCUUUUUAUCAUUUUCAUUCUUAGAAUUAUUACUUUUUCUAAUUCUCUCCUUUAGUCGCUCUCCUUUUCAACAGUGUCAUUCCUUUUAUUUAUGUUGGUAAGAAAAUGUUUUAUAUAUAAAUAUGUAAAAUGUCCACAGGUUGGUAGUCUAUCUGUGGAGACUAUAAAAAUUACUUUAAACAAUAGAUGAUCUAUCUUCAUGUAGAUUAUCUGUCUUUUAAUGACUUUCCUAGUCAAUGUCAAUUAACGAUUGGAUACAUUGACCAUGCUGAAAGAAUGUUUUGCCAUUGAUCAAAACGCUGACUUCUUCUGAAGACCUACAGUACUUCAUUGGAGAAAGACUCAAAGACUUCAAAGAAAUAUGCUGCAUGUUUGAGUGGCACUUUGUUUCCUUGGAAAAAUCCAACACCUGCAUUUUCAUGCCACUGUCAGCCAUGAUAUAAUUAUGUGUUUAUAUUAGUCUCCCAGACUGUCUGCAUUUUAAGUUUGAUGUUGGAAGGCUUUGGAAGAUGUUUUUUUUUUAUAUUAUUAUUCUUAAUGUUUUCAGAACAUCAUUGCUUUGUAUUAUUAUGCUACAAUUCAAAAUGAACCAUAAAUGGACCAGUGUAUUGACCCAUGUCAAAGACAGGAAACACUUGCAUUCAAAGUGUAUCUUCAGUCUGAGUAUUGUGUUGAAUAUAUUUAUAAAAUGGUACUAUAUUACUAUAAUACCAUUUUUCAAAAGAACACUAUGAGUAAAGAUUUAUGUUAUCAGAAAUCCUCCUUUGUCUGGGGUGGCUGGGGUAUUUCCCCCUCCUUUAUUCAUGAGCUGUUCUGCCAUAUUUGAUUGGGGUCAAAUCAAAUGCAAUUAAGAUUUUUGGAAAGUCAGAAAAAUUAAAUCCGUGCAUGUUGCUGUGGCUGAAUGAAGGGAAUUUGGGAUGUUUUUCAUUGUUGUGUUUCAUUUGGUGUCUUUAGUGCACAGAAAAAACAUAAUGCAGUUGAAUAUAUAAAUGACUGGAUUAUGCAAAAUGUGACAGUAAUUCAGAUGAGUUUACAUUCUGAAUCAUGUCACUCCUCAAUGAAAGUUUCUUUAUUGUUAUAUUAAGGAAUUGAAACACACUUCCCUAACAUGAAAAAACAAGUCCAUCACAUUUCUGGCUGUUAUUAGUUCUACAUGCACUGAUGCUCAUACUGAAUCUGGCAUUUCAUUUGUUAAAUCUGUUGGAUUUUCCCAAGUAUUUAUUAAAGACUUUUGUACCUGUGA